AACACUCAGUGUGUCAUUUCCCUUCUUCAUGUAUCAGAUGCUGAAAUACUAUGUGAUAAAGAUUUUACAUUUCAAUUGUAAAAAGUGGGAAGUGGAUAAAUCAGUUCAGCCAUCCUUAGGACAAACAGUAAAGUAUGGCACAGUGGGAUAGCUUUCCCGAUCAAGAGGAGGACACGGACAGCUGUUCAGAAUCUGUGAAGUUUGAUGCUCGAUCAGUGACAGCUUUGUUACCUCUGAGUUUUAAAAAUGGCCCUGCCUUUCCAAAGAAACUGAAGUCCGUCAAAGCUGCCCUGAUUGCCCUUUAUCUGGUUGUGUUUAUAGUUCUCAUACCCAUCCUUGGAAUAGUGACAGCUCAACUCCUAAAAUGGGAAAGGAAGAAUUGCACAGUUGGUUCAAUUAAUGCCAAUGACUCAUCUCAGAGUCUCAUGGGAAAAGGACAUGACCGUGAAGAGGAUAUAAAAUUUCGAGAAGUUGUCACAGGAAACCUGAGCAGCAUGGAGAAAAGAAUCCAGUAUAUUUCAGAUACACAAGCCAAUCUCAUAGAUUCAGAGCAUUUCCAAAAUGUCAGUGUAAUGACUGAUCAAAGAUUUGAUGAUGUUCUUCUCCAACUGAGAACCGUGGCUUCCUCAGUCCAGGAACAUGGAAAUGAAAUAGACGAAAUCUCCAAGUCAUUAAUAAGUCUGAACACCACAUUACUUGCUUUGCAGCUCAGUAUUGAAACACUGAAUGGCAAAGUCCAAGAGAAUACAAUUAAGCAACAAGAGGAGAUGAGUAAAUUAGAGGAGCGUGUGCACAAUGCAUCAGCAGAAAUUAUGUCUAUGAAAGAAAAACAAGCACAUUUGGAACAGGAAAUAAAAGGAGAAGUGAAACUAUUGAACAACAUCACUAAUGAUCUCAGACUGAAAGAUUGGGAACAUUCUCAGACACUGAAAAAUAUCACUUUAAUUCAAGGGCCACCUGGACCCCCAGGUGAAAAAGGAGAUAGAGGCUUCAUUGGAGAAACUGGUCCACCAGGCCUUCCAGGUCCAAUAGGUCCUCCAGGUCUUAAAGGUGAUCGUGGAUCGAUUGGCUUUCCUGGAAGUCGAGGAUUCAUAGGACCAGCAGGGAAGACUGGGAGGCCAGGAAAUCCUGGACAAAAAGGCCAGAAAGGGGAAAAAGGGAGUAGAAGCUUGGCAUGACCGGUAUCACUCCCUGAUCAUAUUAGGGCAGGACCCUUUUAAGAUCAGGUGGGUUGACGGGACACCUUCUGCUACCAUCUCCUUAAAAGGCCCUUCACCUCUGGACAAGUCACCACUACAGCUGACUCCAAGAUCCCUUUGUGGCUCCUCCAAACGACUUUGGUUCCCGCGUGGUGCCCAGCUUCCUCACGGCUUCCUCUCCUGGUCCUGGGUGCUGUUUGGGCCUCUGUUAUGAGCAUAAGCUCAUACCUCUCCCCACUCUAGUAUCCCACCAUCGCCACCAUCCCCUAGCAUCCCUAACUGGUAUCCCUUCCAUUGUACCGACUGGCAUCUUUUCCAACCAGCCCUCAGCGCCAGGCAAGGAAUCCUCUGCCACCCACUCAUCUAGUGCUUGCCGAACCAAUUUAGCCCAUUGGGUUCUAAGAGAAAUCCCAUGGGUACGGACUAAAUGUGGGUUCUUUACUUUCAAAAACAUGCCUCAGCCAGCAAUAGGGAUAACAUAAAAGAAAAUCCAUUCAUUCAUUCAUUCAACGUAUGUUUAUCCUAUACCUCCUGUAUCUGAACUUCACAGCUAAUAAGUUUGCUGUUGUAUCUGGCCUUACUGAGCUAAUUAUUCCUGAAAGACAUAGACAUGUAAAUAGGCAAUUAUAAAAUACAGUGGAACUGUAUUGGAGGAAGAACAGGGCUCUAUAGGAGUUUAGAGGAGAUCAGGAUUUUUUAAUUUCUUAGGACAUUAAAAAGAUAAAUUGAUUUUGAUUUGCUUAGUUUACCUUCUUGUCUUCUUACUAAAUUACAGCAUUUUUUUCAAGUUUUAUAGUGAGGUAACAGUUCAUUCAACACAUUUGAAUAAAAAACAAAACUCAUUUUCUAAAAUUACCUGGCCAUUUCAAGUAAGAAUUUUUUGUCAUUAAAAAAUAAUGCUGAUAAUUUUUUUAAUUCUAA